GCCAACAUUUGAAACUGCUGCUUGGUUCAUUCUCGCCAUGCAACGGUAAGGUAUCGAGGCAAAGUUCAUGGUCGGAUCAGCUUCUCCUUCCCUUUCCGGGUCGGAGGUGAGCUUUGACCGGAGCAUGAGUACGUACGCGUAAAUGCAUAGCGGGAUUUGCUUCAGUUUGCCUAAUUGUGCCGGCCAACCUAGUUACAAAAUCGUAAAAUAAACUCUCUCCACGUCAACACGACUACACACGGAGAGGUUAUGGCGAACGAAGAUAGUUUCCACCUGACAUGCCGUGAAGCCACACACAGUGACUACGACGCCGUCAUGAACAUGGCGUCAGUAGACACAUUCCGGGACGGGUUCGACUACCUGCCCGCCAAGUUUCACCAAUGGGUGGACGACCCGGAAGUCAUAAUGUUAGUAGGCGAAGCUGACGGCAAAGUGGUACCUCUGCAGCUACAUGUACAUCCGAGACUGAUGCAGCGAGAUCGACAUGCCCUGACGGAUAUCGAGCGUCCCUACCUUUUAAACGCCGUUCCGAACCGGAAGAACAUCUGUUUUAUAGAUGCCAUGUACUUCCAAGGCAAGUCUAACGAAGUGCUGGAUAGUUUGGAAACCAAGGAUGUUCUUCCAUCUCCUCCAUACCCACCAGUAGUGCCCUACCAACCUUCCGACAUGGCGCGGCUGGCAAGGCCAGAGUUCUCCAAGCAGAUCCUAGUUGACAAUAAUAUUUUUGUAGAUUGGGACCCGUAUCAGCUCAGUGCCUCUAACUUACAUUUGUUCUCAAAGCGGGGUGUCAUUAUUCUUGUCGACACUAGUGAGCCGACAGCUAAGAGUUUGAGUUUUGGUGGCAGUUACAUGACACCAAGGGGAAGAGUGUAUCACGUAGAUGUACACUGUAGAGAUGUAGCUCUGUGUCAGGCUCAUAUCAAACACCAUGUAGGCAGAGCUUGUCAUGAGUACGAAGGGAUGAUCACGUUCUGUGUAAUGUUGAUUGACCCGUCCCUGAAAACCACAAGCGAAACCCUUUGUGUGGAGAAGUUGGGUCUAGCUCACCUUCCCCACGAUCACAGGUACUUGUGUUUCACAUUCAUGGUGCCAGCUGUUGUAGAACCGACCAAGCCACGCCUUUGAUAUGCUGCAAUACUCAUCUUCUAUAAAGUGUUAUUCACAGAUUUCCUAGGGGCCCUGUCACACAUAGUCGAAUAUCGAAGAGUGUGCCACGUAGAUGUACACUGUAGAGAUGUAGCUCAUAUCAAACACCAUGUAGGCAGAGCUUGUCAUGACUUGUAUUUCACAGUUCUUCUGGAACUGACUAAGCCACGCCUUUAAACCACAAGACCGUACGUAUUUCUCUGUCUGGUGUAAACCAGUGAGUUAGGGUACUCAGCCUGAUAUGCACACCGUUAUGUGAGAAUUCUUCUGUGUGGUAGCUAUUGUGAUGAAAAGGCGAAACAAUCAGAUACGAGCAUGGUUUACUCAAAUAUUAUAUAAUGUGAUAUGACACGAUAUGAUAUGAAAAUAAAUGUUA